AUGAACAGGACGACCCGAAGUCUGUAUUUAUAUGAGUUGAAACAAACACAAGAUGGAGCUGCUGCUGGCAAAACCUUGUGUUUGAGUAAACGCGGGGUUUAUUCCUUCGAUCCUGAAAUGAUUCCGAUCAACGCGUAUUGCGUAAUGAUUGCUUUUGAUCCAAAUAAUAAGGAUAUUUUUUAUCUGCAUGUGCGGAGAGAUAUUAUCAAGUGGAACAUUCGCACAGGAGAGUGGUCAAAGUUAUUUAAACACUGGGCAACACAUCGUUACUAUUACACAGUUGUGCUCCCGUGGUGGCCGACGCCAGUUCCUAGACUAGCGCAGCAGCAUGCGCAUCGAUCCGUGGCGGAGGAAGUAGCAGCAGCUAGUAGAUAG